AUGGCCUCGACUUACUUACGUCCGUUGGCAAACCCUAAGCGGGUCAAGUUAGUGUCAACCUGUGACGUUUGCAAAAACCGUAAAGUUAAAUGUGAUAAAGAAAGGCCGGAAUGCGGAACUUGUAAAAAAACAAAUCGAAAAUGUAGUUAUACUUACGCGGCUUUUACAGAAUCGAUAAGAGAGAAACAGAAUGGGUUAAGAUCACAAGCGGAUUCUAGUUUUCUUCAAACUCAAUUAAAUUAUUUACAGAAUGUACAAUUUGGACAAUUAUACGAAGAGUCGGGUUUUUUAUCGAUGGCUUCAAGAAGUUUUGGUAUUGAAGCUAACAAUGGUCAAAAUAUUGCUGGAAUGUUAUCGAUGCCAAUGACUUCAAUGGCGGCAGAUGUCAAUAAUUAUGGUCUUGACGCAACAUCGUUAAUAACUACUGAGGUUCUUCAAAAUUCCACAAAUGUUGCAGCAUCGAUUCAAAGAGAUGCUGAACAAUGCCAAUACGAUCCUACAUAUUAUUUAAAUUGCACCGACUUUGCUGCACUAUUACAAAAUCAGCAACAAAAUUUAUACCAAACUCAAUCGACAGACACAUUGCAAUCACAACAAACUCAACAAUAUCAACAAAGUCAACAAAAUCAACAGUUACAGUUCAUGAAUCAGGAAGUGAAUUCUGGUGACAAUGUUGUUGAUGAUCUCGCAUCUAAUAUAGAGAAUUUAAAACUUUACGAAUCAACAAGAUAUAUUGGGGAAGGAUCAUUAUUACUGUUAGAUGAUGAUAACUUUGGAGAAAUGAUAAUUCCUCAAAUCCAACCAGAUUUAUCGCAAGUUAAUGAUUCAUUAAAAAUCCUGCCAAAUAUAGAGACUAUUGAACAAUUGAUUAAUUUAUAUUUUAAGCACGUUCAUCGAUAUUUUCCUGCAUUAAGGCAGCAAACUGUAUGGAAUGCUCUUCGAGAUUUAAAUAGACCGCAGCAUUUGUUAUUGUUGAAUUGUAUUUUUUUUGCAGCUUCACCUUUUCAUGAAGAUCCAGACAAAAAAGAUGGAAGAAUAUAUUUUGACAGGGCCGAAGCUUUACUUUACGAAUAUUGUACAUUGCCACAUGCUCUUACUGUAAUGUCUAUAAUUAUCCUGGGACGUCACAAUAAACAGAUGGGGGCAAAUUGGAUGUACAGUGGCAUUGCAACCAAGAUGUUAUUUGAACUUGGUUUACACCGCAAAUUCAAGGAUAAAAUACGUGAAGAGGUGGAGCAAUUAAGAAAUGAAGCAUUUUGGAUGUGUUUUAUUUCUGAAAAUUUUGUUUCAGCGACGUAUGGACGUCCUAAUAUGAUAGAUGAAACAGAUUGUGAUGUCGAUGUACCUAAUAUGUUACUAAGUCCAUAUCCAAUGGAUGAAAAUGCUCGACUUGAAAUAGCUUACAUUUAUUUAAUCAAUCUUAGUAGGAUUUGUGCUAGAGUACGUAAGUAUCUGCACGCAUCAAGACUAAGGGUUUUGGUACGAGAUGACGAAAAUAAAUUUAGAAUAUUAGACGCUGCACUUGCAAAUUGGUCUCAUUCUUUGCCAGGAUGGUUAAGGUUUGAAGAAAUUGCUAAGGAUCCUGAUGGUGCAUUAUUGAAUGGAGUCGGAGGUGAUAUAACUAUAUUUUUCCAUACUGUUUUGAUUCUUCUUCAUAUUAGACAUUUAAAACCUCCAGAAGAGUAUCAGAUGAAAGCAUCAAAUUCUUCUGUAAUUUGCAUGCAAUCUGCCACGAUCAUAGUUCACUGUCUUGAAGUAUUAUUAGAAAAACAUCCGGAUUUUUUUGCUUUGGCAUCAUCUGGUCCAUUUGCGAUUAGUCCAGCAAUGAGAGUAUUUUCUUGGCAUGCAAAAUAUGACGAAAAUAAAAAAGCUGACGAAAUGCUUAAACGUCUUGAAGUUAUAAGAUCUAAGAUUAUGGAAAUAUCUAAAAGCUAUGAUCGUGGUAGAGUUGAUGGUGAGGGAAGAAUGGAUGGAGAACAUGUAUUAACAGAGUGGUUAGGAAUUCCAACUCAUCCUCGAAAUAGGAUGAUCGAUAAUGAUACGUCUAAUAAUCUAAGGGAAUGGGAAGUUUUUAUUGCUGAUGAUGAUAGAAACUUGAGAAGACAAUAUAGUUGGAUUGCAAGGAAACAAUCUGGUGGAAUCUUUAUGCCUAAAAGAAAAACUUCAAGUUUUUCUAGGUCAAUGAGCAUGAAUAGUAAUUCAUCAAUUUACAUGAAAGGUAGAUCGUAUAGCUCUACUUUUGAUUUCAUGAAUUCAAGUCAAAACAUGGAAGAUCUUAAUUUUACAUUUAAAACGGAUAAAAGUUUUGAUUUCUCAGCCUUUUCGCAAUUAUCUGGACAAAAUUCGAGUUUACCUCAGGUGACAUUAGAUGGUGUGCUUGUUGAAGAGCCAGAACAAUUCGAUCAAGAUCAUAAACAAUUUGGUGGAAAUUCACAAUAUCAUACUCCUUUACAACAAUCUCCUCAACUACAACCACAACAAUUUAAUUCGCCUUAUCAUUCGCCGGUUCAACGGUCACCACAACUUCAAGCUUCUGAUUAUCAUACGCCACUUAAUCUUUCACCGCAGCUUAAUCCGCAAGAUUAUAAUUCUCCUUAUCAACAAUCACCUCAAUUACAAUCACAAGAUUAUGUAGCAAAUAUAAAUACCAUGUUAACGCCGCCAAUGCAACCUUCAGAUUUUUUUUCUGAAACUUCUUUGGAUGAUAUUGCAAGCGAUGAAUUUUGGAAUGUUUUACAUAAUGAAACUAAUAAUCAUCAUCUUGGGAAUUCAUCUAUAAUAAAUGAUAGUGGACUUUCAGAUGGAUUAAAUGGUAAUGAAAAUGAGUGUGACUUUGGUGAAGUAGGUUUAGGAAUCUCUGUAGAGAAUAAUAAGUAG